AUGACGCGUAAAGACGCUGCAAAACAACAAAAAAUUAGUGAUCCCAAGUUCGUUCCAUACGUCGCUCCAAAAGCCCCAAAGGAAGCUGUUAUUUCUACACCAGCUCCUUCGUCUUCUUCAACCUCAACUUCUGUCCCCACCAACUUAGAUUUAGAAAUUGUUCAAGAAGUUUUUGGUUCGCUACCAGAAAAAACAAUGGAUUUUGAAUUCUUUGACGUAUCUAAAAUUGCCACUUCUAAUAAAUUUUCACCAGUUACUCCACCUUCAAAUAACAACAACAAUAAUAACAAUAAAGCUGAUGAGAUCCCGAAAACUCUUCUUCAACCAAAGAUAAAUAAUGAUAUGGAAGAAGACCUAAAAGAUUUUACAGUUGUUACUAAAGCUACUCCCUUUGCAGUUGCUACUCAUAUACA